CAAAUAUCUCCAGACUUAUGUUAGUUGCAGUAUCACCAAUUGUCUGUAAGUCUACCCCGAUAAAAAGAAAAGAUGCUGUGCAUUUUAGACGGAAAGAUUUUCCUAUGGACGUUGGAGACUUUCAAUACACUGUGAUAAAAUUGCUGACAAAGCAGUUAGAAAACCAAAAUACAAUACACCAACAGCGCGAAACAACAGUGGCUGGAAUGAAUUUAAGUAAUCUUCCUGCUAAAUUUCUCCAAGUUAAUGAACUUUUGGAUUUUGAAAAGGUCUUGAUUAGUGAUGAAGAUCUGUCUAAGAAACUUGUAAGAUUUGGUGUAUUUGCUAAUUCAAAUUUUGAUAAAAGAUGUUUUUUCCUUGAGUACAGAGGAGAGAUUAUUUCUGAAAGAGAAGCAGCUACCAGACUUAAAACUUAUGAAAAAAAUGAAAUUGGGUGUUUUAUAUAUCAUGGAAUUAAAGAUGUGUAUGGUAAAUCUGUAUGGUAUGAUUAUGGUGAUCAUGAUGAAUUGAUGCAUUGGAGAAAGCAGAAAUCAUCGUGGCAUCCUUAUACUAUAGCUCAACUAACACCAGAAAAUAAUAAAAUUUUGGAAGUUUCUAAAUUUAAUGAAAGUUUACCCCAUUCAACUCCAAAGAAGUCAUCAUGUAAUCCUUAUACUCAACCAACAUCAGAAAAUGAGGAAAUGUUUAGAGUUUCUAAAUUUAAUAAAAGUUUAAACUCCUCAACGCCAAAAGUUGAUUUUGAAGUUUCAUCUUCUUCAAAAUGUUUAGCAGUUAUAGUAGAUUUGGAUUUUUAUGAUUCAGAUUCCAGUAUAGAAUAUCUACCGUCAUCACUCAAUAUUUUGCUAGCUAAUGCAACUCAAGAAAAAGAUAAUUUCAACCAUAAAAGUGAUUUAGAAACAGAACUUUUGCUGUCUGUGCUUAAUUGCAGUGGGUAUAAAACCCAUGCACCAAUUGAUAGUUUUGGUACAACAUUAGAUGACUCUUCGGUUGUUGAAACUAAUGGUGAUGAUUCCUCAGAAGAAUCAGUUGAAUUCAAUAAUAAUGAUUCUUUAACAGAAAGAGGUUUUUUAAAUAAAAAUAUAGAAACAAUUUGUUUUCAAAAGACUUUUAAAAAUAAGAAAGAUUUUUUAAUAGAAAUAAAAUCUAAAAAUGAAUUCUUAGAGAAAAAGUAUAAAAAACCUUCUCGCCCUUGCAUGUUUUGCCAAAAGACACAGACAAGAUUGAAGCGACAUAUUCUUAAAAAACACAAAAAUGAACCUUUAGUAAUACCAAUUUUAUCUAUGAAUAAAAAAGAACAAGAUAGAGAACUAGAUGUUUUGCAAAAGAAAGGGAUUAGAAAUUAUAACUCUGUUAUUUUAAAAACAGAAAAUAAUGAGUUUAUGAGAGAGCGUCGUAAUUUCAAUUGUACGCAAGAUAUGCCAGUUAUGUGCUCUGAAUGUAAAGGGUUCUUUUUAAAAAAAUUUAAAGCUAGACAUCAACUAAAUUGUCCAGCAUCCAAUAUAAAUGUUAUGGUGCCUAUUGUUUCUUUAACAUCCAUAAUUAAAGUUGAUGAAUAUCCUGUGAAAUGUUAUCCUAAACGAGUAAGACCAAAAGCCAAUAGCGUUAUCAAAAAUUCAAGUUCUGGCUGCAAAGAGACACACGAUGAAAAUAUAGAUGAAAACUUAGACGAAUGCCAUGCCCCUGCUUACAAUGAUUCUCUUUGUAGUACAUCUGAAAUAAAUAAAAAAGUUGACUUCAAACCACUUGGUUAUUGUUUUUUGAUGGUUAUGGGUGGAAUAAGGGCUUUUGGUGGAAUAUUGAUAUCUGCAACUCCUAAUGUUUGUUUUAUGGGAAGAAUCGAAUCAUGUUUACUUAGACUAAGAAGUGAUUUGCCAAAAGAUGUCAGUAAUUGA